UUAUUAAAUAGGUAGCUACUUAAAUGUUUAUAUACGAAAGGGCGACAUUUUACAUGUUGCACUGUGCCCGCGAUGUUAUCUGUAAAGUUGUAGUUAGCUAGCUAGGAUACUUCCAUUCUUGGGUCCUAGCCUCACGCUACAUACCUCUAGCCAAUAAUGUACCAAUUUAAGGUGUGAUGUUGCUUUGGCAUGCAUGAUCUCCACAUCUCUUCCCGAGGGUGUCAAGCCAGACAGUAAACCCCACAGUGCCAUGGCUGAGGUGUUGGGACAAAGGAGCUUGUUGGGCUUUGGUGUGGUGUUGGCAUGGCUGCUGCUAUUCCACCUGCUGGUCAACAUCUGGCUGCUGUGCGUGUUCACCAGUCUGCUGGUAGUGCUCGGUGGCUGGCUCGGCUCGCAGGCCGUCCUGGAGUCCAAUAGCGUGGUUCACCUGGAGAGGUUUAUCACCCUGCAACAGGUUCCACCAUCUGUGGAGGAUGAGGAUCACUUGGACCAGGAGAUCUACAACACAGUGAAGAAAAUCAUCAGGGACUUUGUCACCUCCUGGUACUCCACUGUGUCCUCAGAGAGUGGUUUUGAAACAGAGGUUCAAGAUGCCAUGAUCUCUAUGGCCAUGGGGCUGAAAAUACGUGCAAGACAGCUCAACAGGAAGGAGCUGACCCAGAGGAUACUGAAUCUGUUUGGCUGCCACCUGCAGGACUACAUCAGAGCCAAGGAGCUGGUGACCGAGCAGCAAACGCCUCGGACCGCAAAGUGGAGCAGUGAGAGCGAGCAGUUGUGGAAAGCGUAUUCCAGGGUUACCACGCCUCAUCUUGCAAUGACCAGUGACACCGUGGAAGUCAACUACACCAGAGCAGUCGUAGAUUUGUUGCUGCAUGUUUUGGUGCCGUCGCCGCACCUGGAGAGCCGCACCGGACGAUUCGUUGUCGGGGAGCUCAUCACCUGCAACGUCAUGCUCCCUCUUAUUGCUAAACUGUCUGACCCUGACUGGUUAAACAUUCUCAUGAUCGAAAUAUUCGCCAAGUCAAACAAACCAAAGGAGCCAAUUACAGCUGAGCCACUGGCUUUAUCACCACCACUAAUGCCACCACCACCACCUGCUGAGUCAGAGCUCGCUUCACUACAAGAGACAACACAUGUAGCUCAAAAGAAUAACGAAGUCCCUCCGCUAAGAGCCGUGACCAAAAUGGUCCUUGACACAGAAACGGCCACGCCUGAGCUUGCCACGUAUGAUGUGAUUGACUCCGAGGAGGUGGACUGUCCACAGAACAACACCGAAGAAGAGGAACCUACUCGAUCCUUUUUGAGGCAUUUCAUGAGAGAGAGCAAGACAAACCCAUUUUACCAGGAAAGUGACUCCGACCUGGAUUCUCCCUUGGGGGACUAUAAACAAAGUUCCAUUGAUUCCCUAGUCAUGAUAGGCCAAGGGGAGGGCCUGUAUGACAAACGGAAGGAAUGUGCCACAUCUGUCGACAGCAGCAAUAAUGGUGUGGACCUGGAGGACGUUUUCCCCAGUCCGGUGGAUGGCUCCUGCCCUAAAGUCCUGGUGAAUUCCGAACCAGUAGGGCCCAAUGGCUGCGACCUCACAUCCGUAAGGACAGCAGAGGGGACUCCAAGUAACAUUAGCUUCCAGGACCUGGAGAGGGAGGGCAGUUCCCCUUUAGUAAAUCCAGCCAGAGAGCUCCUUCUGGGAGUAGACCAGACUGGGCUGGGAAACCCUAAUGAGCUGAUCGUAGGCAGUCCGUUGCAGGGGUCUUCCCCUAUAGCGUCGUUCAGUUUUGAGCCCCUCAGCAGCCCUGAUGGACCAGUCAUCAUCCAGAACCUCCGCAUCAGUGGUACCAUCACAGCUAAGGAACACCGCGGCACCGGCUCACACCCCUACACUCUUUACACUAUCAAAUAUGAGACAGCAAUGGGCUGUGAGAACCCAGAAAGCAUUCAGCCAGGAUCUGAGGAUGCUGAAGUUGUACCGUCAGGUUGUGAGAAUCCAUCAGCCAUUCAGCCGGUAGCCUAUCACAUGGUCAACAGACGAUACAGCGAGUUCCUCAACCUGCAAACACGGCUGGAAGAAAAAACUGAACUACGGAAACUCAUUAAAGGUGUGAAAGGUCCAAAGAAAAUAUUUCCUGACAUGCCAUUCGGAAACAUGGACAGUGACAGAAUAGAGGCCAGGAAAGGACUUCUGGAGACCUUUCUAAAGCAACUCUGUUCCAUCCCUGAAAUAGCCAACAGUGAAGAGAUGCAGGAGUUUCUGGCUCUCAAUACAGAUGCCAGGAUUGCCUUUGUCAAGAAACCUUUCAUUGUGUCACGAAUAGACAAGAUUGUUGUGAAUGCCAUCGUGGACACCCUGAAGACAGCGUUUCCUCGCUCCGAACCUCCGAGCCCAACAGAGGAUAAUGAGGCAGAGAUAGAUGGAGGGAAAAUAGGUGCUGACAAGAAGAGCAAGUCUCGUCUGAAGUUCUCCAGUAAAAACAUCCCCUUUAUGAACGGCUCAGACAUCAGACCAAAGGUUUUGUUCAGUUGGGAGCAAACUAACACCGUGUUCAACGGGAUGUCUUUGGGAGAUUUGCAAGCCUUUAUCACUAAACAAGAAAAAGUGGCCAUCAGAGUCGAGUCAGAGAGGGAGGACAGUCCAGUAAUAAGAGAAUUUGGAGGCUAUCUGGAUGACAGCUUGAGAGGAAAGCACAGUCAGGAACCUGCAUCUGAGAUGGCGCUGGCUGAGGUGGCUCUCAACAUCCUGUGUCUGCUGAUGAAGGAGCAGUGGAGCUGGCUGUGCACUGAAAACAUUCAGAGGACCGUCAGGCUGCUGUUUGGGACCCUUAUUAACAGAUGGCUGGAUGUGAGCGUAGCCAACCUGACAUGCCCUGCAUACUGGGUGGUGUACCUGCAGGUCAUCCAGGAGUCUGUGUGGCCAGGAGGAGCUCUGCCUACGGCCCCUCAACUUGAACGCAGCCAGCAGCAGAAGGACAGUACCAGGCAACAAGCCUUACACUGUCUGAUGAGACUCCUACCAGAUUUGAUUUCAGACAUGUUGGGCUCAGAGAAGUACAAACUCAGCUGGCAGACUGCACUGGACUCCCUUCAAGACCCCAACAUUAACAGACAUCUGGUCUACUGCAUAUUUGAUCUUCUGCUGGAGUUCCUGGUUCCUGAAAUACCUGAGGAAGAUUUUCAGAGGAGCCUGUUGCGUACCCUCUCCAAGAACCCAGAAAAGCAGCUGGCAUGAGAAGAAACCCCAAAGCAGCCCCUGCAACCCCCAGUUUUAGCACUGCGACAGCGAGGCCGCUCCUGUUCUACUAAUGUUCUGCGAUGAGAGUGUAAGUGAAGGUUUCAUGCGAGACUGAAUAUUCUCUGUCCCCACUUUAAAUUCCUGAGUUACCUCAAGCCGGUCUUUAAUUGCGUGUUGAUGUGUUGACAUAUGAGGCUGCUUGAACACGGCGUCCUGUAUAGACACACACACACACACACACACACACACACACACACACACACACACACACACACACACACACACACACACACACACACACACACACACACACACACACACUUUAACACACACUUUAACACAAACUACAUUUGAAGCAGCUUUGAUUACAUGAGAGAACCUGGUUUGUGUUUGGUCUGAGAAGUUGUCUGACGUGCUGGUCAGAUCUAAACAUGUGGCAAAGCCUUCUCCAAUCUCCACAUCAGGCCUCUUCCUGCUUGCGAAACUCUCCGGCUUUGACUAAACUCACUUCAGAUGGUCUUCGCACUCUGCCCUCAUCCCCUCUCGCCGUUUCUGGGUAGAAACACCUGUUGUUCUAAUCUGGAGAAGCAGGAUUUGCCCUUUCCUUCAACUUAAAUCUCAAAAUGCCUUAUUGGGAUUUAGCAUCACUGUUUCUAUUCUCUGUUGACCCAUUCUUUAACAUCCCACUGGCUUUGUAUCAAGCCACACAUGCGAUUCUGACAUAAUGUGAGCUAUACAUCCUAAAUCUGAGCCUUCCCGAGGGAUCACAUGUAUCUGGCAGUGAUUUUUAACCUGCAAAUGGUCCAGGUGUAGAAAAAAUACUUGCUGUAGUGUGGUGAAGAGUUGGCCAUAACAUAUUUUACUGGCUUCACAGAUGCGUCACAGUUCCUUUAACAGGCCCCUGUGAGAAUUAUCUGUGCAGUUAAUGUCUAAAUCAUAUAAUAACUGGGAUCCACAAAAACAGGUAUAUGAAGGAUUGACCUAUGGUGUUGGUCUAGGUCCAUUCAAUAACGUAAACAGUGAACUGCUGGAGUCUCACUUACUUUUAGUGGUAUCUGUUUAUGCUUUCCAGUCUCUGUAAAUGUCUGCCUCCACCCCCAAAACAAUAUUGUUUAAUUUGUGGUGAUCACAGCAUUCCAGAAUUAAGUUAAAGAAAUUCAGUAGCAAUGUGUCCCAGUUCCUCUGGAAAAUCCACAGACCUCACUGUGGACAAUUUUCACUAGAACUACUUUUGCUGAGGAAAAUGUCCCUAUGUGUGGAUCAACACAGUAGAUUAAUACAGUAGAAGAAGCGACACGUGUUACUAAUAACAUUAACAAUGGCUCUGUUCUAUUCAAGUGUCCCAGUAAGUCAUGACAGUGUGACAGCUAAUGGGCCAGUACAGGUUUCCCCCCAGUAAAUUGGUUAGCGGAGAUUGAUGCAAACAACAUGGAGCUACUGUCAUGCAAACUUUAAACCAACUUGAACCCGGCACUAUUUAGUAAAACCAGCUGGUCACUGUCAAAAUUCCUUUCAGCCUUUUUGUCUGAUUGGCAGUGCCACAUUUCGUUUUUCCUCUCACAUUUUUCUUCUCCACCUGAAAAGUCACAUAUUGAGUUAUUUGCCUCAACUUUUCACAACGUGUAAAAGGAUGGUUUCCUUUUUUUCCCCAUCAUUGCAAACUGUUUUAAUGAAUUACCCCAAAAGUGAAUGUGCAAUAUGAUCAGUCAGUCGUCCUUGCCACCUGAUGAGCUGAUUUAGAUUCUGAUGUGUGUAUAUAUAUAUGUAAUACAUUAUCCCGGGCCUCCACCUUUGCUGCCUGAGGACCAUGUAGUCAAUAACUGUGGUCAUUCAUCCUCUACUCACCAUAGAAACCACGUGAAGAGAGUUUUAGCGGUGUCACCACACAGUCUACAGUCAUUUUAAACAUAUGGUUUAAGGUUUUUGCACUUUUGGACAUCUGCCUUGGCAUCUUACUGCCUUCAUGGUCUAACACAACAAUCAGCGCUUAUUUCCCUGUUGGAAAAAGACAAUGAACAGAAAUAUUUUGUACCGAACUGAAAAUAUCCAAAGUAUGUCACAACACAGAUGAUCCUUCAUAUCUCCAUCACAGUGUAGCCCUAACGUCUCAACACAGACUGUCUUAAAAUACUGCUUAAUCUUCAUUUGCAGCUGGCCAGAAUGGCGAUGUCAUCCAGAGUAAAUCAGAGUUCCAAAAUGUUACAGCAUGACUUUAAUUUGGCGAAGUUGUUAUGUGAAUUGUAAUACUGCAUAAUUUUGUAUUAGUAUGGAGUCCAGAUAUGCAGUAUUUUCUCAUUUAAAAAGCAUCAAAUGUCAAAAUAUGUCGCAAUCUGCAUAUUCAGUUAAAUUGUGGGAGUCUGAUGUCAAGUUUGAAGAUUUUUACAUUUCAUCUUCAGUAAAAAAAAGAAGUUAAUGUUCUGUCAUUCCAGUGUUUUGCACUUAUAUCCUGGUUUAGUGGUCUCAUCCUUGUCUUAACGUCCCUUUUUCCCUUUUCAUUGUGUAAAUUUGUGAUUCAGCCUAUUUAUUAACCUAUUUAUUUGCUUGAUUUACUAAUUUAUGAUUUUUUUCAAGAUGCCCAUGGUGACAAAGAGUAGCAACCUCGCUUACUAAGUGCUUUUAAUUGGAUUUUGCCUUACAAGGUGACUUGAUGAAGUUUGGUCUGCCUGUGCUGCAGUAAUGCAGCUGCAGCGCAGCCACUGACCCUGCCUUAGUAGAACAUAAGCACCCAGUUCCAGCUCUCUGUAGUCAAAUUGUUUAGUUACUGUGUCAAAUUGAAUGCUGAAUGUUAAAGCUGUUACAGUUAUUUGUUGUGAAGAGAUUUUCUUUGGCUUGCUGAUGAAGGAAUCACAUGUAUGUUGCCAUGUGCAACAGACAAAUUACACCAUACAUGUUCUCUUAUCGACUGCUCAGUGGAUUGCCACCUUGACAUAAAAUAUGUCAUUAUAACGUCAACAGAACAUUUUGCUUUAACGUUUAUGUUGUAAGAAGAUAUUUUUCAUGUUAUAUUUUUCUUUUCUUGUUAUGUCAGAAAAACUAAACAAAAUCAGUGUAUCAUUCAAAGAAGUGUUCAAGAUAUAUUUCUUGUUAUAAGUGGUGUAUCUAUGGAGAAACAUUUAAGUCCCAUGCUUCAUGUACGCCAUGAUUAAUUCGCCAAGUCUGUUUCCAUUGUACAUUGUUGCAUUUUGUUUUUAUCUAUACACUAACGUUUCCACCUCAACUAAGCGUAAAAAAACCGUUUUAGAGAUAUUUCGAUUUUUUUGAGUUUCCACUCAGGGUUUUUUAUGCGCAAAUUAAAAAUGUGCAUAAAAACAGCUGGAUGGAAACACCCCUUAUGUAACUUGAUUUGUAAUAUUUAUUAUAUAUAUAUAUAUAUAUAUAUAUAUAUAUAUAUAUAUAUAUCAUAUCAUAUCAUAUCAUAUCUCUGGAAUCUCAGCGGUCUCAAAAAAUUCUACAUUCCUACAAAUGUCAAUGUGAUUUUGAAUGUUUUCUUACUUCUGGAAAGUAAGCACUGUGAAAAGUUCCCACCUCUGAUACAUAAAACAUCCUGUUUGCAUCAAUUAUGUUGUAUGGUUGCAUAUGUAAUAAGCUAACCUAUCAUGUUGCAAUGAGACACGUUUUUUGUUUUAAUGAGACAUGUUUUGUUGUGUGUAAUGUGGUUUUGAUACAACAAGACAAAGGAUGAUGUUGCACGAGAAGUUCCUUGUAAAAACAAUUGUGGUACGUAUGCAAAAAGUUGUCAUAAUAAUGAACAAAAAAACAUAAACAGGAUGUUUUUAAAAGCAAAAAACAAGAUAAAAAAAAAAAAGUAUCACAUGAAUUUGUAAUGAUGGCAGACAUAUGCUUCUGUACUUAUCUGCUUUAAUAGAUGUAGAUGUUAUGGUAUUCAUGGGGGAAAAAUGCACAGUCCUGUUUUUCUUUGGAACCUCACAUUUAUUCCAAAUGUUAAUUAGAGCAGCCAGUGUUUUAUAGACGGUUACAAUAUAGACCGUAAAGCUUUGUCUGUUUUAGAGAAGUAUAUGACAUUGUACAGGUCCACUGUAAUCCUGUUCUCUAUUACCUUUGCACUCUUUUUCACCCUUUUGUCUUCUUUUCUAUCAGAUCCUGAGUCUUGUGUUUAUCUAAACUGUCACUUGUAGACACGUGGAGUUGUGUUGUGCUACAUGUUAACACUGUGAAUCUGUCUCCAUUUGCUAGCACAGAUUGGGUCACAGUAUUGUAAACACGUGCUGGUUGUUCGUGAGCAUAUUUGCAAAAACAAUAAAGUUACAAAACAUGACUUAUUAAAUCGUCAA